GUUUUUUGGCUCGGAGAUUUGAAUUUUCGACUUCGCAGCAGAGCACGAGUUGAUGCUUUGAGCUUACAGGAUAAUGAACAGUCUUUGUUAGAUUCGUAUUUUACUCAGUUGCUUAUUGACGAUGAGCUUACAUUAGAGCGAUGUAAAGGGCGUGUUUUCGAAGGCUUCAGCGAGCCAUAUAUUAACUUUCCACCCACUCAUAAAUUCAUACUUGGCACAAACGACUACGUCAACGACCGGAUUCCUUCUUAUACGGAUCGGAUUUUGUUCUACGCAAAAGACGAAAGUCGGGUACGACCUGUGAAAUACGAUUGCUUGUGGGAGGAGAAGUCAUCGGAUCACAAGCCUGUCUACGGAAUCUUCACUUUGCGUGUUUUAGAACAGCGAUAUUAA